GAGGAGGAGGAGGAGGAGGAGCAGCAGAGAAAGAAGAGUGAGGAUGGCAUCGGAGAAGGUGGAGACGAUCGUGGCGGGGAACUACGUGGAGAUGGAGAGAGAAGGAGGAGGCGACGGCGAGCAAGCAGGGGCAGGGGCAGGAGGCGGCGGCGGCGGAGGAGGCGGCGCGGCGGCGUCGGGGAGGAGCAAGGUGGUGUCGAGCCUGUUCUGGCACGGCGGGUCGGCGUACGACGCGUGGUUCAGCUGCUCGUCGAACCAGGUGGCACAGGUGCUGCUGACGCUGCCCUACUCCUUCUCGCAGCUCGGGAUGGCGAGCGGCAUCGCGCUGCAGCUCUUGUACGGUCUCAUGGGGAGCUGGACGGCGUACCUCAUCAGCGUGCUGUACGUGGAGUACCGGAGCCGCAAGGAGCGGGACAAGGUGGACUUCCGGGGCCACGUCAUCCAGUGGUUCGAGGUCCUGGACGGCCUCCUCGGCAGGCACUGGCGCAACGCCGGCCUCUUCUUCAACUGCACCUUCCUCCUCUUCGGCUCCGUCAUCCAGCUCAUCGCCUGCGCCAGCAACAUCUACUACAUCAACGACUCCAUGGACAAGCGGACGUGGACCUACAUCUUCGGCGCCUGCUGCGCCACCACCGUCUUCAUCCCCUCCUUCCACAACUACCGGAUGUGGUCCUUCCUCGGCCUCCUCAUGACCACCUACACCGCCUGGUACCUCACCGCCGCCGCCCUCGUCCACGGCAAGCUCCACGGGGUCACCCACUCGGCGCCCACCAAGAUGGUGCUCUACUUCACCGGGGCCACCAACAUCCUCUACACCUUCGGAGGCCACGCUGUCACCGUUGAGAUCAUGCACGCCAUGUGGAAGCCGCAGAAGUUCAAGCUCAUCUACCUAAUGGCGACGCUGUACGUGCUGACGCUGACGCUGCCGUCCGCGUCCGCCAUGUACUGGGCCUUCGGCGACGCCCUGCUCGACCACUCCAACGCCUUCUCCCUCCUCCCGCGCUCGCCCUUCCGCGACGCUGCCGUCGUCCUCAUGCUCAUCCACCAGUUCAUCACCUUCGGCUUCGCAUGCACGCCGCUCUACUUCGUCUGGGAGAAGGCCAUCGGCGUGCAUGGCGACCGCACCGGCGUGCUCCGCAGGGCGGCGGCGCGGCUUCCCGUCGUGGCGCCCAUCUGGUUCCUGGCCGUCGUCUUCCCCUUCUUCGGACCCAUCAACUCCACCGUGGGCUCCCUCCUCGUCAGCUUCACCGUGUACAUCAUCCCCGCCGCGGCGCACAUGGCAGUCUUCGCGGCGCCGGCGGCCAGGGAGGGCGCCGUGGAGCGGCCGCCGCGGGGGCUCGGGGGAUGGGCGGGUAUGUACGCCGCCAACUGCUUCGUGGUGGCGUGGGUGCUCGUCGUCGGCUUCGGCUUCGGCGGCUGGGCCAGCACCGUCAACUUUGUGCGCCAGGUCAACACCUUCGGACUCUUCACCAAGUGCUACCAGUGCCCUCCAAGGCACUGAUCACCUAGCUUUUUUAAUCUUGAUUGAUUGAUUGAUUGAUCACCUACCCAUAUAAUUAAGUAGCAAACUGAAUUUAAAAGGUUAUUCAACAUGCCUAGUUAGUUUCUUCCUGAGAGAAGAAACUUUAGUUAAUCUCUCACAAACCUAGCUAAACCAAAUCGUCGGAGCUUGUUUUUGAAUUUUGAUCGUGUCGUCUUCUGCUUUGUGUGCGUGUCGUGUUUGUAAUUAUCAGUUCAUGAGAACUGUAUGUAUGUGUAUAUAAUGUAUGUAUCUCAAGAUCAGUGAUAUAUAUAUCCAUGCAUCUUUGAAUUAUAAGAAGUAUAUUUGAUCUGUUUCUCCAUGGAUUUUAA